ACUCCGUGCACCGGAUAUCGAACGCCAGCCUACAUAACCUCAGGUGAAAUUGCUUUCUUCUAGGUUUCUAAUCGUAACUGUUCUUCAAAAUGGCGUUCAUGAUGCCCGUUGUGAAGCAAGACUACGACAUCUAUGGCAAUGCAAGCCGUCGUAGCUCUGUGAGCAGUACGUCGUGUCCAGGCUCAAAAUCCCGUAAGAACAGUUCAUCCUAUUCCCCUGGCAGUUCCCCUGAGAGCUACGAGAGUAAGGGCCGGCGACGCAGCAGAGCAAUGUCCGAGUGCCCGACGGAAUUUCCUGAAACAGCACGGUCUGGAUCGAAGCUCUCGUGGUCGUCAUUCCACGCUGCUCUGGUUGAGAAGUUAAAACCUGCAGAGCCAAAGAGCAAGUCGUCGCAGGAGCCACUUCGACAGAGCUGAGGACUGCCCUUUAUUGUUUAAUCAGUGGAACCCUAUUGUUUAAACCGCCAUCUCAGUGCUGGACAAGAACAUCUGAAGCCAGGUGGCUACUCUUAUUUGUGCUGUGGUGCGUUUUAUGUGUACAGUGGAGCAGAUUGACUGUGGAUAACCACUGGUACAUAACACUUUGGAUGCUUAUGCACUUCGCUGUUGUUAUUUUAGAUCUGAAGGGCAGGGCCGGACUGAUCAUAGACUUCAUCAUGACUUGAUGAU